UGGUGGUGGUGGUGGUGGUAAAAUGGGCGGCGGUGGAGACAAAAUACAAUAUUCAUCAUCAACAACAAUUCUAGAUAAUCUACAAUAUUAUUCAGGUUAUGGCGGUGGUGGCUCCGGCGGUGGCGGUUAUGGAGGCGGCGGCGGUGGCCGCGGAGGUGGUGGUGGUGGCUAUGGAGGUGGCGGUGGCGGAAAAGGCAAAGGAGGAGGUGGUGGAGGUUAUGGCGGUGGAGGAAAAGGUGGCGGUGGAAUGUCCGGUGGAUAUUAAUCAAAAACCUUUUUUUACCUUAAAUAAUCAAAC